AAAAAAUUGUAUUACUACAAGGUGGAGCCUUACUCAAUAACAACAAAAAGGAAAAUGAACAUUAAUUACGCUGCUAACGAAGCCCUCAGACCAUUGUUCAAUGCUGUCGAUUUGGACAAGUCAGGAAAGAUUACUCACAACGAAUUACAAAAGGUUUUGACCAUGCCUGGAAGCGAACUUCAAGGUGGUUCUUUCAGCGAAAGAUGUGCUAAGAGACUGGUUAAAAUGUUUGAUAGAAACGGAAAUGGUUCUGUCGAUUUUGAAGAAUACUCGGCACUCCAUCAAUAUCUUAUUCAAAUGAAGGCUGGCUUUGAAAGUGUUGAUACAAACAAAUCAGGAAAGGUUGAAUUUAACGAAGUUACCAUUACAUUAUCUCGUGUCGGAUUCAAUUUUUCACCACAAAUUGUUCAAAAGUUGUUCAAAUUAUUUGAUUUCCAAAAUAAGGGAUCUUUGGAUUUUGAUGGUUAUAUUGAAUUGUGUGCUUUCUUGGGUUUGAUGAGAGCUCAAUUUAUUCCACGUGAUGCUAACUACUCUGGACAAGCCAUGUUCACUUGGGAACAAUUCAUUCAAGCCUGUAUGGAAGCCUAUAUGUAAAUUUGAAUAACAUAACUUUCAUUUAUUAGAU